AUGCCCGGUGCUCACGCCACCUUCAAACUAUUGAUAGGCUCCCUGUUGUCGCUGCUGGUGCAGGCAGGCAGCUUGAGGGACCUCGACCUGGAGCAGCAUCUGUACCCGGACCUCUCCCACUCAGAGCACCACCCCUACCGACCCUCCUCCUCCUCCUCCUCCUCCUUCUUGACCCCUGAGGACCCGGCCGAGCUGCUCACGGCAGAGCAGCGGUACCUGGAGCAGGAGCGGCAGAGGGGCAGGGACACCUACGUGAGGGACAGGGACCCCCAGAACGUCCCCGGCUUCCUGGACAGCUCCCAGGAGUCUUCGGGCUUCUACAGCGAGGACAGCGAGGAGAACAAGCCGCCUCCUCCGCCUCCGCCGCCGUCGCCGCGGCACUGGGACAGCGGGGAGAACAGGCCGCCACAGCCACAGCCGCCCCCUCAGCUGCCACGGCACUGGGACGUCCAGGAGCACCAGGGGGGCAACGGCACCGACAUGGACACCUCAGAGGACACACUGCUAGAUGAUGGCCACCCCUCUCUCCACCCCAACUCCUCCUCUCCACCCUCCGGCCUCCCUGCUUCCCGCUCCCUCUCCCUCUCCCGCUCCUGGGUGGGGGAGGGUGUGGACAUGGACGCGUGGGAGACGGACGGAGAGUCCAGCGGCACACUGUCCCCAACAGAUGCCGCCCCGGUGGCCCUGUCCCCUGUCACAGACACGUCCGACGAGGGCGGCCCGCUGCUGGGUCACCGCGGGGAGCAGGCCUGGCUGGAGCACCCGGAGUCAGCUGCUGCUGAAGGGGACGCGUCAGAGGAGCAGCAGGGGGGUGAGAUGGAGGCGGAGGAUGGGGACGGGGAUGAGAAUGAGGAUGCGGAGGCUGGUGGGGUGAGGAGAGGUGUAGGUGUGCAUGGCAACAUGCCAGUUCAGAUGCCCACUACAGCUGAGAUGGGACCUGUGCCCACCAGGAGCCCUCUCCAACCAGAGGUCUUCAACCAUGACGACAUGGAGAUGGAGGAGGAGGAGGAGGAGGAAGCAGAGGGGAAGGAGGAGGGAGAUGAAGACCAUGAUGACGACGGCGAUGAUGAUGAUGAUGAUGAUGAUGACGGUGGAAUGAUACACACUCCUAUUGGUGGUGAGGAAGAUGAUGAUGGUGAUGAUGACGAUGGUGAUGAUGAUAACGAUGCAAUGGAGGAGGACAGAGAGGAGGAGAGGGCUGCAGAAGAGAGGGAGUGGCUGGAGAAUCACCCGCCGCACCACAACCACAACCACCACCACACGCCCCUGACCACCGUGCCCUCGUCCUCCGUCAUGCCCGCCGUGGUGUUCACCCAGAUGCCCUGGCAGCACGCGGGCGGUCCCAUGCCAGGUGAUCGGGAUCGGGAUGGGAAGAGGGAACGCGAGCGGGAGAGCGAGCUCAGGCGUGGAGGACUCGACUACAUGACCGACGGAGACCUGCUCAACGCACAGCUGUCACAGGACACAGAGCAGGUGACUUGUGUGGAGUGGAGUGACCUGGCAGGCAAGGGCUACGUCAUCCUCAACAUGACAGACAACUUCGACUGUGAGGAGUUCCGUGUGGAGAGUGGUGAUCGUCUUCUGGAGAUGUUGGAGUCGUCCUUCUCUCGUAAGAUGAGUAGUCCUCAGGACUCCUGGUACAUCUCCCUCAGCAAGCCCACACGCACCGACCACCAGCUACUCAUGACCCUGGCCAGCCAAGAUGAUGUCAUCCCCACCAAGGAUGUCCUCUCCAUGCUGGGAGAGAUCCGCAGAGGACUACGAGAGAUUGGCAUUCAGAACUACAGCAGCGCGUCGAGCUGCCAUGCGCGGCCCAGCCAAACGCGUAGCGACUACGGGAAGCUGUUUGUGGUCCUGGUCAUCAUCGGCUCCGUGUGUGUGGUCAUCAUCGCCUCUGGACUCAUCUACAUCUGCUGGCAACGCCGCCUUCCCAAGAUGAAGAACAUGUCACGUGGGGAAGAGCUCCAUUUUGUGGAGAACGGCUGCCAUGACAACCCAACCCUGGAUGUGACCAGCGACAGCCAAUCAGAACUGCAGGAGAAGAAGUCAAGCGCCAAUGGGGUGCCGGUCGGGGGAGGAGGAAGUGGGGGCUGGCAGAUCCUGGUCAACAAAAAUGGCAAAGAGGAGCCAGAGAACAUGGAGGAGGAUACCCACCUCUAACCUGGCAGCCACCCAGACAAGACGCACUACUACAGGCAUGGAGAGAGAGGUCAGACCCUGCCCCCCUU